AUGGCUGUUCAUCGCGGUCGACGAUUUGGGUUCUACGUGGUUGGUGUUACGUUCAUUCUGUUCUUGUCAUAUUGUAACCCCAUCCCAUGGCAAAAACUCGGUCAUUUCCGCCAUCCUCUGCAAGCAUCGCUGCAUUCAUAUUCCUCGAAACGUCCAAGCAAACACAGUCCGGCUUAUGAGGACCUGGAGGUGUACAAAUGGCCCGAGCCUAAUACAGCAACUUUCCCGGAUCAAAUGGUCGGCGCAGAAGAAUUCGACGAUGCACUCGACAACACCAUAACCAACCCUGCAAUGCCCCCAGAGUCUUCCGACGCACCAUUCAGACAUGUCACGAGUGGAAACACCGUUAAGCUAACAUCUGAUCUCCGUCUUAAAGACAAGUUGGCUGCUGUCGACGAACUGCUGCAGUCUAAGGGAGGCCCUCCCAUAGGACACAAUCGUAACGCCCUUCGCGAGUUAACACACUGCAUAUAUGAGGAGAAAUGUGUCCACAAACCACAGCUUGUGAUCGUUGUCUCUGACGUCUACUACAAAGCCUACCUCCUCAAACCUUCGGGCCUGCCCUCUCCUCCACACACCGUUCUUGCCGCUUUCGACCGUCUCAAUGUUUCGUACGUCUUCAGUCCCAAAGACAUCGGCUGGGCCCGAAACGUACAUAUGGCUUUCCCGGAUCAAGUAAAACUUGUACUCUUUGACCGUUCCGACCUACGCUCCUGCCUGGAUGUUACCAGCAGUUGUGUGCGGACUGUCCAGAAUCCCACCGGCAUUCCCGCUUUCAAAAUGUUCACCUGGGAAAAUGAGGCGACGGAAGAAGCGGUGUCGCCCUUCGGGUACCCUUGGACACUCACCGCUCGACAAGCGUACGCUGGUGAAUCCUUCGUUGGAUUCAGCAUACCUGACUCUUGUCGAAAAGAGGUCCCAUAUGUUCCUCCUGCCGAUAGGUUUGAUCGCGUCUGGAUUUUGGCAACCGUCGAGACAUUCUUCUGGAAAACUCAUAAUGUCUUCCCUCCUGAAUAUUUUGAGAAAUUGGGAGAUGAAACUAAAGUGCGGUUUUUUACUCAGCUGCAUCCGACGGAAGGACGCCUCAAGGACUACCCCCAAUUAUCUGACACUCACACUGUCCCAAAAAAUCUCGUCGAUGUCGGCCAGCAGACGCAUCUUGACUCCGUUGACGAAGGAGAAAACGACUUUGAGGCGAGGGCAUUAGAGUACAUGAGCAAGUCGCGACUGCUUCUUGGACUGUGGGAUCCGCGCUUCGAAUUGACUGUGCUCCAAGCGCUAUGCGUCGGCGUGCCCUUCUUGAACCCCAUACACCAGUGGGAUGCCAGCAAUGCCACGAAUCGAGAACUAUGGGUAACGCAAAACCCAGAGCUCAAUGUCCUUGACCCGCCUUAUGUAUACCACGUUUUCCCCCACGACUACGCAGCCUUCAAGAAGGCAAUCUUGGACGCAAUGGAGACACCAAUAGCAAGCUACAUCCCUCCCCAUCUAACAGAAGCUGCCCUGACCAAACGUCUCUCUGAACUUUUGGAACGAGAUUGGAAGGCAGAGGCAGAGAAGGUUGCGACGACCGAAGCCAGCCAAGACUUCUUAUUUUAA